GAUCUCGGUCUACAUAGACUCGCGCCGUACCGUUCAAACUCUCACUUCCAAAGCAACUGAAAAGCUAAAACCAUCAUCGCAACUCUCGCCUCCCUUCAAACUGAAAAUGCAGAGCCUCUCAACGGCCGCCGUGGUUGCGGCGUUUCUCUGUUUUACAGUGUUGCUUUGGCCGGAAGGCGCCGGAGCCCACAAUAUCACCCGCAUUCUGGCCAAGGAUAAAGCGUUUGCUACCUUUAAUCACUACCUGACACUGACACACCUCGCCGCCGAUAUCAACAACCGCGAGACCAUAACCGUCUGCGCCGUCGACGAGGCGGCCAUGGCGGAUCUGCUCGCCAAGCACCUGUCCAUUAACACCAUUAAGAAUGUGCUCUCCCUUCACGUCCUUCUGGACUACUACGACACCAAGAAGCUCCACCAAAUCUCCAAUGGUACGGCUUUGGCCGCUACUAUGUUCCAGGCCUCCGGCUCGGCGUCCGGCUCCACCGGCUUUGUCAAUAUCACGGAUCUGAAGGGCGGAAAAGUCGGAUUUGGGCCUGAGGACAACGGCGGAUCCCUGCCGGCCACUUACGUCAAGUCUAUCGAGGAGAUACCCUACAACAUUUCCGUUCUCCAGAUCAGUCGUAUCUUGCCGUCGCCGCAAGCGGAAGCUCCGACUCCUGGUCCAAGCCAGAUGAACCUAACUGCUCGUAUGUCGAGUCAUGGCUGCAAAGUGUUUGCCGAGGCUCUGUUGGCUUCCCCUGCUGAGAAGACAUAUGAUGCCAGUGUUACCGGUGGAUUAACGAUAUUCUGCCCCGGCGACGACGCUAUGAAGAAUUUCAUGCCGAAAUUCAAAAAUUUAACGGCGGAUGGGAAACAGUCACUGCUGGAGUACCACGGCGUUCCCGUCUACCAUUCGCUGUCGGAUUUGAGGUCAAAUAACGGCGAGACGAACACAUUGGCUACCGACGGCGGUAAGAAGUUCGGCUUCACAGUCCAAAACGACGGCGACGUCGUGACAUUGAAGACGAAGAUUGUGACCGCGAAAAUCACGGGAACGUUGCUGGAUGAACAGCCGGUGGCGAUUUUUACUCUUGACAAAGUCUUAAUGCCGAAGGAGCUGUUCAAGGCAACUGAUUCCCCGACCCCUGCUCCAGCUCCGGGACCGGACGCCGACGCAGAGUCUCCCAAGCCUGCUAAGAGGCACAAGUCAAAGUCACCGUCACCGUUACCAUCCGAUGCUCCGUCAGACUCCCCGGCGGAUGCUCCGGACAGUGAUUCUGACGAUCAGACGGCAGACGACAACGGCGCCAUUAGGUUCAACGGCGGAAGAUUUGUCGCAAUGGUUUUAAGUCUGUGUGUUGCCUUUUCACUUGAGCAAGCUUUCUUUUAGGGUCAAAAGUUUAAAUAUGAUAAAUCAGUGUAAUGAGUAGUGGACUUAUGGCAUCCUAUCUUUAUUCAUUGACUUUUUCAAAAUACCAUUUCAUUUUCAUCUUC